AUGACAAUAAUUGAUCCCAAAAAUGAAACUGGGAAGUUGUUAAUGAAAGCAUGUACGGGUCCUUCGAAGAAGUCUAGGACUACAAAAAAGAUUGACAUUCUCAUUCCUGAGCCAAUUGUUAAUGAAACGAAGACAUCAAAGUCUCAAAAGACGAAGGCCGAUGAGGUAGUUUCAAAAUUUGUUAUAAAACUUGUUGAACCUAUUGUUACAGAACCAACUUCAGUUACCAUUCCUUCAAAGACUGGAGUUUUUUGUAAAUUAAGGCUGAAGUAUGGUGGUUCUCCUACUUCAAAUGUGGUUCGGAAGCCUCAUCCUACUUAUCAAGGAGUACUUAUGCAUGAAGUCCCAGCUCUAGUUUCUCCUCACUCAAAGAAAUGA